CUUUCAACAUCCUUUACUUGCUGUGUUCUGUCUGCAAAGUAAGCGGGACUACACACAAGGCAAGAAUUUAAGAGGCCGGUAGGAAAGUGCUUUGAGCUCCGCGACAAGUAGGGCAGCCGCAGGUCUGGUGGUGCAGACGCCGCUGGCAACUCAACUGUCGGCAGCCAUUUUGAAAGCCUUGUCGUGGUGUUGUUGCUGCAUAUCGUUUCACUGACACACCACCAUUAGCGUGGACACGACAACAACGACAAUGGCGACGGAAAGUGCACUUGAUGACGUCACAUCUAUUUGUAGCGUGUGUCUGGAGCCGUACAAGGGCCGCAAUCCUAAGCUGUUACCAUGUUUUCAUACUCUGUGUCUUCCUUGUUUGAAAGAUCUUGAGAUGCAUCAUAUGGUUUCACCAGACAUCAGUAUUGCUGGGGUAUCUGAGAGAGACAAGAGACCUUCGACCUUCCCGUGCCCAACGUGUCGGUCAGUUAUUACAGUGCCACCUGGCGGGGUCGAGCAGUUUCAGACAAAUUUUUACUUGAACGAGAGAAUCCCUACCUGUGAGGUCUGUGAUGGAGGUAAGGAGGCAAAGUACAAGUGUACUAAUUGUGGUCACAAUAUGUGCGCCAAGUGUCAGCGGUGCCAUGCCAAAUUUUUCACCGAUCAUGAAGUACAGCCCAUCGCCUCUAGAUGCCAGCAGUCCCCUCAACAGAGCCUUGAUCCUCUUAAUAAGGAAACAAUCGCAGAUCACAUCAAAGUGCUGGAGGCGGCGCUGGUGACGAUGGGGGAUGAGAAGGUCUCCCUGCAGAGGGAGAGGCAGGAGGUGGCUGACGUCAUCACCAAACGGGCCGAAGCCUUGAGGGCGCUGGUGACACAAGCAGAAGAGUGUAGCCAGAGGGCGUUGGCUGACUGGACAAAGAAACUUGACGAAGAGAUUCAAGCGGAAAUGACCUUUGUCCGUGACAGGUACUGUAAAAUCUGGCAACUGUCCCCUCAGGGAGGGGACAAAGGACAAGCAGCUGUCACACACAGACAUAAGCAGACGGUCCUUCUCAGUGACUACGAGUUGAACCAUUAUCAACAGCGAGGCAGCAAGGGGAGGGAAGCAAAGAUAAUUCAGCAUCAGUACAAGGACUGUGCCAUAGACCUGCAGGCUGUAGAAGCCUACAUAGGCACAGUAUGGGCCAACUCGGAACCUACAGGGGAGACAAGCAGCUUGGUGUCACCUCUCGUCUACAGUGAAACGAAUGCUGCAGAGAGAUGCGGAAGUGACGUACAUACUGCUUCCCAGACCUCAGACACGACACAACUCACACAGGACUUGGCGGACAUUAAGCACAAGGUGAAGACAUUGGAACUGCUUGUUGAUAGCGGAUCUCAACAUUUGAAUGAAACAGAACUUAAAGGUUUUAAGGAAGAAAGCUCAAAACUAAAAAUCAGUCUGACAGCUUUGAAAGAAGAGGUCACAAAGAUACAGCAGACGAUAGUCAGUUUUAAAGGAGACAUGUCAAGUAUGCAAAAGAACAUGAUCAAAAUGCAAGAAGACUUGAGAGUUGAUAACACUGGAUUAAAGAAGGAUAUUGCCACUAUUAAAAAAGAUACUACUUUACUUCAAAAACGAAAUAAGAGCUUUCAUGAUGACUUGAGCAAGGAUCUGAAGAGUUUUAAAGAAAAUUCUAGCAUUACCGUUGCAUUUAACGGCGUACUUAAAGAAGACAGAGAAAUCAGCAGGACAAGAGAAACUCUGAUAAUGAAUGUCGAAAAGUGCAACGUGGGUCAAGCUUAUGACGAGGAGACAGGUGUUUUCACCGCCCCUGUCACAGGUACUUACUUCUUUCUGGCCAGGGCGUUGAAAGCAAAAGGGCCCGAGUUCUGUGGGCUUAUUAUCACCGUGGAUGGAUCUGAAGCCACUCGGUCAAAAUCCCAUGAUGGCGAGCUGCAGGCCGGGGUUGGCUGUUCACUGUGCACUUAGUUCAGCGACUGACCCAAGGACAGAAGGUUCGGCUGGAGGCAGGGGGCGACACCACACUGCGAAGACUUUAUACGUGUUUUUCUGGCGUCUAGUCAGACCAGACAUUGCCAAUGUGUAGCUGCAAUACAGUUCUAUCCGCUAGUGUUCUUUCUUUUAUGAUCAGCUUUUGGGUUGUUCGUAGUCUUUGACUACAGUACGUCAACCUUGCCUGCACACAAGCAUAUACUCUUUACAAUUUUUAUUACAUUAUUAAAUGUAGUAAUGCAUAAUCUCAGUUAAGGUUUCAGGAAUGUAUGAGAUCUGGGUAUAAGAUAUUUCAAGCGAGACAAUUUAAGUCAUGAGUGUCAGAAUGGGCAUUAAUAUUUAGCCACAACAUGUACAACUACGGCCGAGACACCUUCUAUUUACCCAGUUAUAAUCGCAGUGUGAUAAACUGAGACAUAGAAAGAACUCGCAGUGAAGAAACAGUGCUCAUGUAUGUUACAGUAGAUAGUGAUUAUAACGGGAAUUGACAGCAUUGUAACAUUAGAAAAAACGGAUAGCACGGAUAUCAUCGUGAUCCUUUUUAGACGGGUCAAGUUGCUGUGUCUUUUGGAUGACAUGUUUGUUUAGUAAACCAUUUUUUGUUGCAA